CGGAGUUUCCUGCAGAUCUACAGCAUGCUCCUCAUGAACGACGGAUACAACCCGGAAGGAAAAGGAAACCGCAAGUUCAAUAGAUUCCUGUUGACACUCUGGGGUAUCUUCACGUUGAACAUCGUGUCGGCUUACUCGGGCAGCUUGGCCGCGCGGCUCACACUCCCGGAGUUCGAACCCAUGAUCCACACUCCCGAAGGACUGUCCGAGAAGAAUUACUUGUUCUCUGCUUACUACCUGAGUUCUUGGCUUGGCUACAUGACUCAAAGAUACAAAUUGAAAUUGCGGCUGAUCAAUACGACAGAAUGGGAGCCUGAAGACGGCCGCCAGACGGCGUUCUUUACUAAGCGAGUCGGCGACAAAUACUUCAUGGAAGUGGAGCAGCUCCCUUUGGCACUCCUAAAAGAUAUGCGUGCUUCCAAGGUGUGCAUCGAGCAGUACUUCAUGACGUUCGCCUUGCCGCGGGGUUCAGGGCUGGGGCGGUUCCUGAACCCGAUCAUCCGGCGACUGGUCGAGGCCGGCAUCACGACCCACUGGCUCAACCGCGUCUUCGAGAGCCAAUACACCCUGUUCCCGUUCGAGCAGGCCCACGAGUACCGAGACAGGCAGGCCGUCCAAGUCAAGCUCUCUUUCUUCUACCUCCAGAGCGCUUUCCUCCUCUGGUUCGUCGGCCACGCCCUCGCCGCCAUCGCCUUCUUAGCCGAGACCACCAAACACUGGAGACAGGAGACCCGGAUUCGGAGGCUCCUCAGGCCGGACCGAGAGCCUGGCUUCAAGUUUAGCAUGACCAAAUAAAAAACGGUUCUUUCAAGCAACCUGUACCUAAAGCACUAUUACUGGCUUUAAGUUGGAUUUCAAGCAUCAUAUAAAUUUCAUUUAACUCCUGAAUGCAACUAUUCGGGCCUCUUUGAUGUCCGUGUUGCAUACGCAUGGAUGUAAAGGCGUUUUGACGGUCCAGGCACUCACCACAUAAACCGCGGGCCGCGGUUUCGGUGCAGCGUGCAGCGCCAACGCAACGGCGGACUUUAUUCCGAGAAUCCAAAAUAGCAGAACGCUCUCCAUUCUUUGUUUAUACUACAAAAAUAUCACCUAGGAACGAACAUUUGCAUAAAGGCGUAGGAUGUGAAUAUCCUUUGUGCUUCAGUCUUGAUAUCGCGAUGUGCUGAGCAUGAUUAGUUCAGCAACUUUUCAUGUUUAACAUACAUGUCUUCGAAGUAUAAAUGAAGAAUUGAAGACAAUCUGUCAUUUUUAAAUGCAGCUAAGCCCGUCC